UUGUCACAAAUAUAAAUUUCUUUCGUGAUCCUCAAAGAUUUGUGCUGGCCACACGCAUUGUCUCUCUUGUUUCAUCUCAAAACCCCUAGAUUCUCGGCUUGGAAUGCUAUUUCUCUAAAGAUGAGUAUUGGUUACCAGUUUUUUGUGCUUGACAAUCUUUUAUGUUUAACAAUUAGAAUCAUCUGUUAUGCUCUUGAGUUUAAUAUUCGUUUGAUCUGAGAGUCUUCAUUCCAAGUUUGUAUAGUUUAGGCUUGAUAGAGUUUUCUCGGAUUAUUCUCUUGUUCUUGAUUAAACCUAAUCAAGAUUUUCAAGGCUCUUACAUGAGCGAUCUUGGUUCAAAUGUUAUGGAUCGUCGUCAACACAAGGGCUUUAGCCUUCCUUUUCCAUUGAUGACUCCGAGUGUUCAUCAUAACUUGCCAGUGACCGAGUACAACAAUGGCCAUGGAUGGACGAGCCAAGAAGAAGAUGGUGAUGGUCAUAACAAGUCCAAGAAUAGCUCUCCUUGGGGACGUGUGAAAUGGAUGUAUAAGAUGGUGAAGCUGAUGAUAACUACUCUUUCUUACCUCGAUGAGGACGAUCAUAAACAUGCAAGGAAAGGUAAAUGGAGAACAGUUUCUGAAGUCAUGGACGAAAGGGGUUACCAUGUCUCGCCGCAGCAAUGUGAGGAUAAGUUCAAUGAUCUUAAUAAACGUUACAAGAAGCUUAAUGAGAUGCUUGGUAGAGGAACUUGUUGCGAUGUCGUUGAGAAUCCUUCGCUCUUGGAUAAGAUUGGUUACUUGGAUGAGAAAGAGAAAGAUGAAGUUAGGAAGAUCAUGAGCUCAAAACAUCUUUUCUACGAAGAGAUGUGCUCGUACCAUAAUGGGAACAGGUUGAAUUUGCCUCAUGACCCUGCGUUACAGCGAUCCCUGAGGAUCAGAUGCCGUGAUGAUGAUGGACAUGGGAAACACCAAAAUGAAGAUCUUGUCGACUGUGAGGAACACAACAUGUCUCAAAUGGAUUGUGGGGAUCGUGGAGUCUCCUUAGGUGGUGCAUUGAAGAGAUUAAGACGAAGCCAGAACCAUGAAGAUCUCGGUCAUCCUAAUCAUGCUAACAAGGGAUAUGUUCCUCACUUACAUAAGCAGUGGACCGAGUCUAAGUCUUUGGAGUUAGAAGAACGCAAGCUCCAGAUUCAAGCUGAGUUGAUGGAGCUCGAGAGACAAAGAAUCAAGUGGGAGAGGUUUAGUCAGAAAAGAGACCAAAAGCUCCAAAUAAUGAGGAUGGAAAAUGAAAAUAUGAAACUUGAGAAUGAAAAGAUGAAACUGGAAUUGAGAGGAGUUGAAUUGGGUGCUAGAUUCUGAAGAACCCUGGAGAUUAGACUUUCUUGAUCAAAUUAUGUAGCUUCAACUUUGAUUAAAGAAACUAUAAUUAUGACCAAUGUGACAUCAAGAAGUGGUAACAAUUAUAUGUCAGUAUCUAAAUGUUUGCUUAAGUUUACCAUUAGACAUUAUUUAUUGUAAUAAAGCUAAAAGUUGAAAAUUUUGAGGCAAAUAUAUGUUUUCACAAUUAUAUAUCA